CUCGCGGGAGAGCGGUGAGGGAAGAUGGAGGAAGGGGAAGUGGACUCUGCAGACGGGCUGUUCGCUCACCUGGCAGCGCUGGAGGCGCAGGCUCAUGAGGCAGCCGUGAAACGGGAGGAAAAGGGGCAGCGAGAGGAGAAAGCCGGGCUGAAAGCGAGGGUGCAGGAGCUGAGGCUGCAGAGGGAUGAGCUGCGAGCGAAAGUGGAUCUGCAGCAAAAGGGGCAACUUGGGAAAGAAGGAGUCGUGUCGGAUCCGGCGCAGCCGAGUGCUCGGGCCGUCUUAGAGUGGAAGAUCAGGAGCGUUAAGCGGAUGCUGCAGGUCUUUUACCUCACAGGGAUCAGCGGGAAGCUGACCAAGCAGGGGGUGUGUUUCUGCAUCAGCACGGCUUACGAGGGCACCUACUUGGAUUCUUACUACCUGGACCUGCUCAUCAAGGCAGAAGUGCAGAUCCAGCGUCACUCCGUGCCCGUGUUCAUCCCCCUGGAGCAGAUCGCCAAGAAGUACUUGCAGACGGACAUCAGGCGCUUCUUGUCCGUCCUCUCCGACCACCUCAACGCUUACGCUGGGAGGAGGUACCAGGCAGACCAGUUACAGGAACGCUUCUCAGAUCUCAUCGAAGGGACCUUGCAGAGGAACUCCUUGUGCAACCUGCUGGUCUUUCAUUACAACGUGUCGAGCGAAA